ACCUUCGCUGCUACCUUCUAUGGAUUCUCCCUUCCUAUAAAUCCCUAGUUAAACCCCGAUUUCACCCACGAAUUGGGUCUUUUCUUUCUCUACUUAGAGAGCCAAAAAAAAAAAGAGCUUCAUUUUCCUUUUGUCAAAAAAGACUUAAAAAUGGCUGCUUCUGAUUCUGCUAUUUCUCCGAGGAAGCUCCGAUCCGAUGUGUAUUCCUAUUCCUACCAGAGCGACUCCAAUACCCCACUUGUUAUUUCGGUUCUUGCUUCGCUAAUUGAAAGAACCAUGGCGAGAAAUGAGAGAAUUGUGAAGAAUUGUUCAUGGGCAUUGACGAAAGAUGCAAGAACCAGGGUCUUUGAUUGCCACGAGACGCCGGACAUGACGAUUCAGUCCUACCUGGAGAGAAUUUUCCGGUACACCAGGGCCGGUCCCUCGGUUUACGUCGUGGCCUAUGUGUAUAUUGAUCGGUUUUGCCAGGGGAAUCCUGGGUUUAGAAUCAAUGCCAGAAAUGUACAUAGGCUUCUCAUUACAACAAUCAUGGUGGCAUCCAAAUAUGUCGAAGACAUGAAUUACAGAAAUUCAUACUUUGCAAGAGUGGGGGGAUUGACAACAGAUGAAUUGAACAAAUUGGAGCUGGAGUUCUUGUUCUUGAUGGGUUUCAAAAUGCAUGUGAAUGUGAGUGUUUUUGAGAGCUACUGCUGUCAUUUGGAGAGGGAAGUGAGUAUUGGGGGAGGAUACCACAUUGAGAAAACCCUAAGGUGUGCAGAAGAAAUCAAAUCAAGGCAAAGUGAAGAUAGAAGAUACAAUCAAAUUGCUCGAAUUAUGUUGUAGAUGGUCACAAUUGAUCGAACAUAAGGGUUUUGACUCUGAUUUUCUCCCAAACUUUGGGUAUCUCGUCUAUAGAUUAUGUACAAAUCAAGUGCUGGAUUGUUCGAAUUUAGGAACUCCCUAAAGCAAAAACAGAGCGAAGUGAUGUAUGCUGUUCAUGAACAAUUUAAGACCAAUACAGAGGAAGCUACAUUAUUAUGGGAUGUUGACUCUUGUGGAUUUUUCUGUGUGAAAUUAUUUGCAAGCUAUCAAUUGCUUCA